AUGCUAUCCUUGCAUCACUCGAGAAAGGGCUCAAUGACCAGAAAGCCCGUUAAUUAUGAAGAUGGUGCUGAUGAUACAGAUAGUAUCAGGUCAUAUUUGGAUUUGUAUGGAAGUGAUACUGACCGAGGCACAUACCAUCAAGGUCAAGCGUAUAACCAACGCCCACCUAAUUCUUCCUAUGGCCAAUUCCUGCAGCACCAAUCAAUUUACCAGGCUUCUACAAACCAUCAUGGACAGCCGUGCAUUCAAGUUCAAAAACGAAAACCGUUUCUAUCCGGUAAAGCUGCAGCAGCUGGUAGAAACAUUGUAGACAUGUUCCGUGGCUGGGGGAUGAAGAGCAAUCGUUCGGGUCAUCAUGCUCGCUACAACAGUGAAUGUGUGAUGCACACUCCUGAUCACCAGGCUUACCAUCAUGCGAUGAUGGCUCACGAGCACAAUGUAUCUCGCGAUACUUCUCUGCCAACUAUUCCAUACAUGCCCUCAGUUGCCAUGUCGCCUCGUCUCGGAAACCAAUAUAAUCCAUCUCCAAAACCCGUUCAUCAGCGAGCUAAUUCUGCCCGACCACUUCCUACUACUCCCAUGCAGAUGAUUCAUAACCAACCGCCCCAGACUCCGCGCGAUCCUAGAGCUAGACGACCAACUGGUCCGAGGGAUUUACCAAUUGUUUUAAAAACUACUUUAGAUCCCAAGGAUAAUGAAAUGCUUAUUCAAACUCUCCAAAAAGAAACUAUGCAGGAAAUGCAAAAAUUGGUUACUCUUAUUUCAGCAUACACCUCUUGUCCAGACGUGCGUUUGGAAGCCCAGAUUCGUGAGAAAUGGGUCGAAGUAAAAGGAAAAACUGAAGCCAUAGAGACAAAUAUUUUGAAGCUAUUUCCUGCUUCUACUGCAGUGGUUGCUACUGACAGUGCUACUGACAGUGCUAAAGAUCUGGUUGAAUCGGCAAAUAUCCCAUCUAUUGCAGCUGCUGCAGAACCUGACAUGAUCAGAUCUAAAUCCGCCUGUUUCCCUGUAUCUGACGAGGCCGAGGAUGCCACAGUGGUUCGAUCCGACGCACCCAGUAGUCGAUCAAGUUCUGGCGGUAGCGAAAUUAUUAAAAAGUUUGCUACAAAGCUUGGACUGGAUGUACAGAGUCCUAAUCGCAACGUCAAUGGAGUUCGACGACCAGGAUCCAAUGCGACCGAGUCCAAUACCAAAUCUUUCCAGCCAGCGUAUGCAAAAUCCAAACUUGCCCAGUUGAGAUGA